AUGGCCCGUCGCUCCCAGAGCUCCUCCCAGGGGGACAACCCUCUGGCGCCCGGGUACCUGCCCCCGCACUACAAAGAGUACUACCGCCUGGCCGUGGAUGCACUGGCUGAGGGCGGGCCAGAGGCAUACAGCCGCUUCCUUGCUUCUGAGGGGGCCCCUGCCUUCCUGUGCCCUGAGGAGCUGGAGCACGUGAGCCGCCACCUGCGACCCCCGCAGCAUGUCGCCCCUGAGCCCCCGGAAGGCAGCCCCCCCAAUUUGGACUUCGAUGGCUCCUCUGGUACUUACUGGCCUGUGAACUCCGACCAGGCAGUUCCUGAACUCGACCUAGGCUGGCCCCUGACCUUUGGCUUCCAGGGCACUGAGGUCACCACACUGGUUCAGCCGCCGCCACCUGACAGCCCCAGCAUCAAGGAUGAGGCUCGAAGGAUGAUCCGCUCUGCCCAGCAGGUGGUGGCUGUGGUGAUGGACAUGUUCACCGAUGUGGACCUUCUCAGUGAAGUGCUGGAGGCCGCUGCACGCCGUGUCCCAGUCUACAUCCUCCUAGACGAGAUGAAUGCACAGCACUUCCUGGACAUGGCCGACAAGUGCCGGGUCAACCUGCACCAUGUGGACUUCCUGCGCGUGCGCACUGUGGCCGGCCCCACCUACUACUGCCGCACUGGGAAGUCCUUCAAGGGCCACGUAAAGGAGAAGUUCCUCUUGGUGGAUUGUGCCGUGGUGAUGAGUGGGAGCUACAGCUUUAUGUGGUCCUUCGAGAAGAUCCACCGGAGUCUGGCACACGUGUUCCAGGGCGAGCUGGUCUCCAGCUUCGAUGAGGAAUUCCGCAUUCUCUUCGCACAAUCCGAGCCGCUGAUACCCUCGGCCGGAGCACUGGCCCGCAUGGACGCCUAUGCCCUGGCUCCAUACGCAGGGGCUGGGCCGCUCAUGGGUGGCCAGAUACCCGGGGCUCCCACCCCCUUCUCCUUUCCCAAACGCGCCCACCUCCUGUUCCCACCGCCUCGGGAAGAAGGCCUGGGCUUCCCCUCCUUCCUCGACCCCGACCGCCACUUUCUGUCGGCCUUUCGCCGAGAGGAGUCUUCACGGAUGCCCGGGGGCGCCCUGGAGCCGCACGCGGGGCUGCGGCCGCUAUCGCGUAGGCUGGACGCAGAGGCUGGGCCAGGUGGGGAGCUCUCGGGUCCGCGGGGCUUCUUUCAGGCGCGGCACCUAGAGAUGGACGCCUUUAAGAGGUACAGCUAUGCGGCCGCCGACGGUGCGGGCGCCGUGGAGAACCUGGCGGCCGCACGGCAGGUAUCACGGCAGACGUUCCUCAGCCACGGCGAUGACCUCCGCUUCCAGACCAGCCACUUCCACCGCGACCAGCUCUACCAACAGCACUACCAGUGGGACCCGCAGCUUGCUCCGGCUCGCCCACAAGGCCUCUUCGAGAAGCUUCGUGCCAGCCGUCCUGGCUUCCCCGACCACGAUGAAUUCACACUGGGCACCGGGCCACGAUUUCCGGAGCUCGGCCUGGACGGACACCAGCGGCUGGACUACGUGCCAUCCAGUGCCUCGCGGGAGGUGCGCCAUGGCUCAGACCCCGCCUUCGGGCCCGGGCCCCACGGUCUGGAACCCGGCGGGGCCCCUCGUCCCAACCUGGGCCAGCGCUUCCCUUGCCAAGCAGUGACGAGGCUAGGCCCUGAGACGGCGCCCCAGCCCGAGCCGGAGCGCAGGGGUGGGCCCGAGGGGCGGGCCGGACUGCGGCACUGGCGCCUUGCCUCCUACCUGAGCGGCUGUCACAGCGAGGACGCUGGAGACGAGGGCCUGCCCACACCCAUGGAGGCCGAGGCCUAUGACGAUGACGUGCUGGUUUCUGGGGGUCGGGCGACCGCUGGGGACCUGCUUCCCUCGGCCUUCCGUGUGCCUGCGCCCUUCCCAGGCAAGGGCCUAGUGCCGGGCUCGGGCAGCGGUGGCGGCGACUGCCCGGAGCGCGAGGGCCCGGAGGAGGCGGGCCUGGCCAAGCAGGACUCUUUCCGCUCACGCCUGAACCCGCUGAUCCAGCGCAGCUCCCGGCUGCGCUCCUCACUCAUCUUCAGCGCUUCACAGGGCGAGGGCGCGGGCGGGGCUGCGGGGGCCUCUACGGAGAAGGCGCAGCUGCUGCACAAGGAGCAGACGCUCAGCGAGAUGCUGGGGUCCGGUGGUGAAGCCGUGCGCUCCGCUACCUCCACCAAGGUGGCCGAGCUCCUGGAGAAGUACAAGGGCCCCUCUCGAGACCCUGGCGGCGUGGGGACAGCAGUCACAGUCGCAAGCCAUAGCAAGGCUGUCGUGUCCCAGGCUUGGAGGGAAGAGGUGUCUGCGCCUGGCGGCGGCGGUGGCAGUGAACACCGCAGCCUGGAGAGCUGCCUGCUGGACCUGCGUGAGUCCUUUGCACAGCAGCUGCAUCAGGAGGCGGAGCGACAACCUGGAGCUGCCACUCUCACUGCUACCCAGCUGCUGGACACGCUGGGCCGGGGCAGCAGUGGCACGGACCGGCUGCCCUCCCGCUUCCUGUCCGCCCAGGGCCACUCCACCUCCCCGCAAGGGCGGGACAGCCCCCCACCAGAGGGGCCUGGGGGGCACCAGUCUGAGCCAAAAGGGAGCCCCACCUCAGCCUACCCGGAGCGCAAGGGGAGUCCCACUCCUGGGCUUCCUGCCCGUAAAGGCAGCCCCACCGCUGGAUUUACUGAGCAGAAGGGGAGCCCCACUUCUGUCUACCCUGAGCGCAGGGGCAGCCCGGUGCCUCCUGUUCCAGAGCGCAGGGGCAGCCCUGUGCCCCCUGUGCCUGAGCGCAGGGGCAGCCUCACCCUUCCCUUCUCCGGGGAGUCUCCAAAGGCAGGGCCCACAGAGGAGGCGGUUGGCGGCCCCAUGGAGGUCCUGCGCAAAGGCUCCGUGCGACUGCGGCAGCUGCUGAGCCCCAAGGGUGAGCGGCGGGCAGAGGAUGAGGGCAGCUUUCCGAUGCCGCAGGAGAACGGGCAGCCUGAGAGCCCGCAGCGGCCGUCCCAAGGCCGGGUUGACAGCACCGAGGUGGCUGCAGAGGAGCGGGGCCCAUGGGCGCGCGUGUCUUCAGCCACAGCCAAUGCCUUGUACAGCAGCAACCUGCGGGACGACACAAAAGCCAUCCUGGAGCAGAUCAGCGCCCACGGCCAGAAGCAUCGCGGAGUCCCUGCCCCAGGCCCGACCCCGGCCCACAGCAGCCCAGAGCUAGGUCGCUCGCCAGCGGCCGGCAGCCUGGCCCCUGACAUGUCCGACAAGGACAAGUGCUCGGCCAUCUUCCGCUCGGACAGCCUGGGGACCCAAGGCCGGCUGAGCCGCACACUGCCUGCCAGUGCAGAGGAACGCGACCGGCUCCUGCGCCGCAUGGAGAGCAUGCGCAAAGAGAAGCGUGUCUACAGCCGUUUCGAGGUCUUCUGCAAAAAGGAGGAGCCGGGGGCUCCCGGGGCAGCGGAGGGCCCAGCCGAGGAGGACGCCAGGGACAGCAAGGUGGGCAAGUUCAUGCCCAAGAUCCUGGGUACAUUCAAAAGCAAGAAGUGA